CGAGAGGCAAGCCCAACAAAACCACCACUCCUUCCUCCUCGCCUCGCUUCGCGCGCGCGCGCGUCUCUCUCCGUCCCAAGCUCGCGCAGCAGAUUGAUCUCGAUCGACCGAUCCGCCCGCCAGGGAGGUGAGAUGGAUCGUGACGAGGAAAUGGGGCACGGAGACAGAUCGCUGCUGUUCAUCGGAGAUGAGGACGACGAUCUCGAGGCGGACCGCGACGGCGGCUCCACGCCGUCGUCCGACCCGGGCUCCUUCUCCGACCGGAGCGACCCUCCCAGCGUCGACGACAUCGACGAGGACGACGACGAUGUCGUCGGCGAUGGCCGCCGCGCGCCCCGCGACGACGACGACGACCAGAGGGGCACGUGGCCACAGAGCUUCAGGCAAUCGAUUGACAUGAUGAGCGCCGUGCCGUCGCCGGCGAUGAGCUCGAUCAUCACGGCGGCGAGCCCGAAUCUGGGGAGGUUGGCGGCGGUGGGGAGCUCCCUCCUGAAGCGAGCCACGAGCAGCGCGGUGGGGCAGGAGGGCUCGUCGCUGCCGCUCUCCAGGCCGCUGCUGCCGCCGUCGUCGCUGUCGCAGCUGUCGACGGCGUCGGGGCCGCCGGUGAGGGACUCGGCGGACAGCUUGCCGCCGCGCGCGCGGCCGCCACCGCCGCCGCUGCAGGGGGAGUCCGUGGUGCCGCCGCCGCUGCCGAGGCCGUCGUCGGCGUGCCUGAGAUCCAACUACAUCGACCUGCCGCCGCCGUCUACCAGGUGCGGGCAGAAGCAAGCCAUCCUCAAUGGGCUUAAUGUUCUGUGUGGAGUUGGAAUUCUCACCACAAGUUACGGAAUCAAACAAGGUGGAUGGUUAAGCCUGAUCCUGCUGCCCUUGUUGGGUUGCUGUUCUUGCUACACCGGAUUGCUUCUGAAGAAAUGCAUAGACAGUUCACCGAGCAUUGACACAUAUCCAGAUAUAGGACAAGCUGCGUUUGGUAUUUACGGACGGAUAUUCGUGUCGGUUGUUCUUUAUCUAGAGCUAUAUGCAUGCGGUGUGGAGUACAUCACGCUGUUAGGUGACAGUUUGUCGUCAGUAUUUCCGUCUGCAGAUCUAGCUUUUGGUGGAAUCUACUUGAACGCGCACAAUCUCUUCGCCAUCACAAUGGCCUUGGCAAUUCUACCAUCAGUUUGGCUUAAGAACCUCAGACUCCUCUCCUAUCUUUCUGCGGGAGGCGUGAUUGCGACGACGACAGUAAUUGUUUGUUUGUUCUGGGUUGGGAUUGGGGAAGGAGUUGGGUUCCACCCUGGUGGAACUGCACUGAAUCUGACCCACUUUCCUGUGGCACUUGGCCUGUAUGGAUACUGCUACUCAGGGCACUCGGUUUUUCCGAACAUAUAUUCGUCGAUGGAGGAACGCCCAAAGUUCACCUUUGUACUGCUGUUCUGCUUCAUAGUAGUCACGUUUGUAUAUGCUGGAGUCGCUGUCGCAGGAUUUCUGAUGUUUGGCGAGUCCACAAUGUCACAAUUCACUCUGAACAUGCCACAGCAAUUUAUUCCCUCCAAAAUCGCCAUUGGGAUGACGAUUAUAAACCCAUACACAAAGUAUGCCUUGACAUUAACACCGGUCGCCCUGUCGAUAGAGGAGGCUCUACCUAGAAGGAUGCAGACUUACCAAGUUGGAAUGUGUGUUAGGACAGCUCUUGUCGCCUCAACUGUUGUUGUAGCUUUGACAUUUCCAUACUUUGCACUGGUGAUGGCGUUGCUUGGAUCUGUCUUCACAAUGCUCGUGGCCCUGAUCCUCCCAUGCGCAUGCUAUCUCUCUAUCAAGAAGGGUUCAACACCAUUGUGGGAGGUUGUCUUAUGCAUAACAAUCAUACUGCUUGGCAUCCUGUGCGCCUGCGUUGGAUCGUACACUUCUGUUAGCCAAAUGAUAAGCAGAUAGUAGGACGCACGAAUGAUCCAUUUUGUAGCUGUUACAGAUUCUUUUGGAUUGGACCGGCAUUUUUCGAUUCCUUUGUAUUUGUUCCUUAUUUUUGGCAGUAAAGCUGUAUGGAUGAUGGUUUUA